AUGUCUUCGUCGAGUGGCAAUCCAAAGAAACGUCCAUUGGCGUUUGUCUCAGAAGGUGUAACCGAUCUUGAGACACAAAAGGCCAGAGAACAGGUGGAACAAGCCAAGUUUGAAGCGGAGUGCAAGAGAAGGGAGAGAAAAUCGUUACGAGAUCAACUCAGAGCCAAUGCGAUCAAUAAGCAGAAAGAGUUCAAUGGACUAGUGAAGGAGCGAGAUGAUUUCAACCGCCUUAAUGGUGAAGAGCUCGAGUAUUAUAACAAGUUGAAAGACAGCGAGAGAAAGAAGGAGCGUGACUUGCAAGCUUACUUGGACAGGGGAUCACAAGACUUUGACUUAAGGCAGUCCCAACUCAAGAGUAAAGAGGAGAAAAUCAAUGGUGAACCAGUCACUCCAUUGACGAAGAACAAGGACCUCAAAGGUAUAAUCAAGAAGAGCAAGGGAAACAAGAAAAAACUCGGGCUCAAACUUGCCAAGACAGCCAAGGACAACAGACCUCCCAACUAA